CUUCGCUGUCAUACCAACUCGAAGCAAAGAUGGCUGCAUCAGCUUCUGCACCAAGCCAGCCAUGCCAUGUCCGGUCCGUCAGCUUGCCGUCGAGAUCUCACCCUGCUGCACUCAGGGUUGAGGAAGAGCUGAACCAGAUGAGGUCUUCCCUGGCUUCAUCCUCCACAGCACCACAGGCGUUGUGCGACGGACUGAAAGGACUCGGCGGGCUGUACGAUUCCAUGGAGGAGCUUAUUCGCUUAACGAGCAACCAGCAGACCCUCAAUUAUCCACUGCAGAAGAAGUGGGUGGAGGAAGAGUUGGAUGGGUCUAUCAGAUUGUUGGACCUGUGCAGCGCAGUGAUCUCGAGCUUGGCUGCAAUGAAGGAGCGCAUCCAUGGUCUUCAGCUGGCUCUCAGAAAGAGAGAAGACGCAGCAAUCGUGAGCAAAGUGAGUGAUUACGUUCGCUUUGGGAGGAAGGCAGAGAAGGAUAUGAAGAGUUGCUUCAGAUCGUUGAAGCACAUGGAGGACAAACGCAUCGAUGACGAUGACGACCUGCCGAUUAGGCUUUUGAUGGAAGCGAAGGUGGCCACCGUCUCUCUCCUCCGACUGGUCUCGUCUUUCUUGUCGACGCAAACGAGAAGACCCAAGUCAAGGAGGUGGUCUUUCGUUUCCAAGGCAUUGAGCAAGCGGAAGGUGGCAGCAUCCGAGGAGGAAGAACAUGGAGUGGAAAGUCUACGCAUCUUCUCAUGGCAUGCUUCUUGUGAUUGCAAUCUCUGCAAGGGUGCUGACGAUGACAGGCUAUUGCAGGCGCAAAGCCAACUGCAGACAUUAGAAGUCAGCAUUGAAGGGAUCGAGAGUGGAUUGGAAUGCCUCUUCAGGCAACUGAUCCAAAGCAGAGUUUCUCUGCUCAACAUACUCAGCUCAUGAACAUUCUCAUCAAACUCUGUACCCUGUAAGCAGCAUCCACAUUUUAGGCGAUCUGCUGGUGAAUGUAAACCCAGCAAUUGUACAAGAUUUACACACGAGUAAAAUACAAUUACAGUUCAGAUCAA